AUGAGGGCGCUGCCGGCGCUAGUGCUGCCGGCGCUGCUGGCGCUGCUGGCGCGGGCCGGCGGGGAGCGCUGCCCGGCGCGCUGCGACGUGUCCCGCUGCCCGAGCCCCGGCUGCCCGAGCGGCUACGUGCCCGACGGCUGCAACUGCUGCCUGGUGUGCGCGGCGGGCGAGGGCGAGGCGUGCGGCCGCCCCGAGGACCCGCCGUGCGGCGACAGCCUCCAGUGCCGCCCGGCCGCGGGCCCCAGCCCGAAGCUGGGCGCCUGCCAGUGCAAGCUCAGCGCGCCCGUCUGCGGCAGCGACGGCAGGCUCUACGCCAACGUCUGCCGCCUGAAGACGGCCGAGCGCCAGGCCCUGCAGCAGGGGCUUCCGCCCGUCCGCCACGUCCAGCAGGGCGCCUGCCGAGCCGGUCAUCAACAGCCAAACAGCCCAAGGUAUAAGUUUAACUUCAUUGCAGAUGUGGUGGAGAAAAUUGCACCAGCGGUUGUACAUAUUGAACUCUUUCUCAGGCAUCCUCUGUUUGGCCGUAACGUGCCUCUUUCCAGUGGAUCUGGGUUCAUUAUGUCAGAUGCAGGUUUAAUUGUAACCAAUGCCCACGUAGUGUCCAGCAGCAGUACAGUGACCGGGCGGCAACAGUUAAAAGUGCAGCUACAGAAUGGAGAUACAUAUGAAGCAACAAUCAAAGACAUUGAUAAGAAAUCCGACAUAGCAACAAUAAAGAUUAAUCCACGAAAAAAAUUACCUGUGCUGUCAAUGGGCCAGUCUGGUGAUCUGAGACCCGGGGAAUUUGUUGUGGCCAUUGGGAGUCCCUUUGCCUUACAAAACACAGUGACAACCGGUAUUGUCAGUACAGCACAACGUGAUGGCAAAGAGCUUGGCUUGAAGGAUUCGGAUAUGGAUUACAUUCAGACUGAUGCUAUUAUCAAUUAUGGAAACUCAGGAGGACCUCUGGUAAACUUGGAUGGCGAAGUGAUUGGCAUCAAUACUUUGAAAGUCACGGCAGGAAUCUCCUUUGCCAUCCCUUCUGACCGUAUCGCUCAGUUCCUCUCAGAGAAUUAUGACAAACAAGGCAAAGAUGGGAAAAAAAGAUUUAUUGGCAUAAGGAUGCUCACAAUAUCACCUGUACUAGUGGAAGAACUUAAGCUUAAUGAUCCAGAUUUUCCAGAUGUCAGUAGUGGAAUUUAUGUACAUGAAGUUGUUCCAAAUUCACCGUCACAGAGAGGUGGGAUUAAGGAUGGAGAUAUCAUUGUUAAGGUGAAUGGACGGGCCUUGCUGACUUCUGCUGACCUGCAAGAGGCAGUGAUGAAUGAAUCGCCUCUUCUGCUGGAAGUUAGAAGGGGAAAUGAUGACUUGUUAUUUAACAUAGAACCUGAAGUACUCAUGUAAAACAAACUGAGGAAGAUUUUUAUGACGCAAUUAAACUCAGUUAUUUUGGAAUGUCAGAUUCCUCCUUUACAGCGACAGUAAUUUUACCUUGUAUUGACUAAUGACAAGGUAAUAUUGUGGCCU